AACCUAAUAAAUAUCGCAAGAGAUCUGUUGUUAGAAAGGUGAAGCUUAGUGGAAGUUGGAAAUCAAGAAGUCUGGUGUUAGAAAGAAGUGUAAUGGAAAAGUCAACUUCACAUUUACGAAAGUAUAACCUCACAUUCAUGGAUUAUACAGAUGGGAAUAAGGAUAUGUUCACGAUUAAUAUAGGGAGAAACAUGUUCGCGAAUUAUAUUGAAAAUGCAUUUCCUAGUUGUACGGAAAAUACAUUCACGAAUCUUAUAGAAAAUACGUUCACGAAUUAUAUAGAAGAUACGUUCACGAAUCAUAUUGAAAAUAUGCUUACAAAUAAUACAUAUGAAACAUUUACAAAUUAA